UUUUUAUGAAUGAAAAGGAAGCAGCUUGUUCAGAAACAGAGGGUUCAGGAGAGGGCAAAAAAAGCUCUGAAAUUCCAUUGCCGGGCAGCUCAGCUCCGGUGAAGUGUGAACUGCCGCUUCUUUAAUCUUUAUCACUACCACCGCCACAGCCAAAUGCGCGCCCAGGCUAUGAUAUGGGGCAGCCGUCGUCUUGGUCGGCGGCUUCCCGCUGCUAAUCGCGGCUGCAGGGAACCCUUGGUCUGCUUCGGGCCUCCAUUGCAGCACUACUUCAGUUCCUCUUCAUUAUCCACAGUAGACCAUUUUGUUCCGAGACAUUCUAACCUUACCACGUCUGGAGUAUUGAAUGGAUGUAGGGUUCCAAGGUCUUUCCUGCAAACCUCAUCUGCACAUUUCCCUUGUCAUUUGACUUGGAUGCAGAGGAGAAUCGACAAUUUCUCAAGUACCAGAGACAGGACGACCGGGCCAUCACUUCAGCUGAAGACAGAUAGUGAUGUAGUCAAGUUCUCUGUUGGUAAGUUAUCGAGAGAAGAUGGUUCAGGAAUGGGAAACAAGAAACCUAAGAAGGUUAAAAUGUCUAAACGAGCUAAGGUCAAUGAACUCAGAUUUUACCGUCUCAAGGCGAAAAAGAAGAUGAACUCCUCCAACCCAGAAGUGAGAAUCAGAUACAAGCUUGAAAAGGCCAAACGAAAAGAGGCAUGGUUGAUUGAGAAGCUGAUGAAAUUUGACCUUCCAAGGGGUCCUCCUGAAACCUAUGAUCCUGAAAUAUUGACAGAGGAAGAGAAGCAUUACCUCAAGCGCACAGGUGAGAAGAAGAAAAACUUUGUUAUAGUUGGGAGGCGAGGUGUCUUUGGAGGUGUUGUUCUUAAUAUGCAUCUUCACUGGAAGAAGCACGAGACCGUGAAGGUUAUUUGCAAACCUUGCCGCCCAGGGCAAAUUCAUGAUUUUGCGGAUGAGCUUUCUCGAUUGAGCAAAGGAAUUGUAAUCGAUAUAAAGCCAAACAAUUCCAUUGUAUUCUAUAGGGGGAAGAAUUAUGUGCAGCCAGAAGUUAUGUCCCCUCCUGAGACACUAUCAAAAGCAAAGGCUUUGGAGAAAUAUAGGCUCCAACAGUCACUGGAGCACACGAGUCACUUUAUCGAGAAGCUGGAGAAAGAGCUUGAAGAAUAUCUAGAGCAUGCAUUACGUUACAAGAAACUGAAGGAUGAAGCGCAGUGCUGCAGCAUGCCAAAUACAGAUGGUGACCAAAAUUGCAGAGGCCUAUAG